UUCCUGCAAAAUAUAAACCAAAGUUGCACCAUUAUUUCACAGGUUCUGCAAACAUAGAGAGAGAGAGAUGGCAGAUGCUGCAGUAGAGUUCUUGUUGAACAAUCUGAAGGAUCUGUUGGUUUACCACUCUCAUCUCAUCACCGGCACGAAGAAGCAGAUCCAGAGCCUGGAGACGGAUCUGCGUCUCUUGAACGCGUUCCUCAAGGACUCGUCGAGGAAGCGGAGGAAGGAUGACCAGACCAAAGUGCUGCUCAGGAACAUCCGCGAUGUAGUUUAUGAGGCCGAAGAUGUGAUCGACGCCUUCAUUAUUAAGGCCAUGGAGAAGAAGGCCACCACUCCCUUCUUAAAAUUCUGGAAGUCGUCCGUCGAUCUCCAUGAAAUCGGAGGAAAAGUGGAGGAGGUCAGAACCAAGGUCGAGAAGGCCAGGAUUGACUUCGCCAAUCACAGUGUCCACCACGACGACGAUGACGAUGGAAAACCUGAGCCUCGACCACCCAGACAGAAAGAUGUGGUAGGAUUCAAAGAUGUAACUGAAGAACUAAUAUCACGUUUGACUAACGAAAAAAACGACUUUGAUGUGGUUUCCCUGAUUGGUAUGUUUGGACUAGGCAAGACAACGCUGGCAUGGAAGGCUUUCAACGAUCCCGAAAUAAUCUUCAAGUUCCCCGUUCGUAUAUGGCUUCCUGUUUCUCAAGAGUUCUCAGACAAGGAUAUCUUUCUAGCUAUUCUCAAAGAGUUCACCACAAUAACCGACGAAAUCCGUCAACUAGAUGACAUGAAGAUAGCCGGACUAGUUGCUGGAUAUCUUGCGGAUGCAAGUUUCCUGAUCGUUUUCGAUGAUGUCUGGACUCAGCCUGAUUGGGACAGACUCCGCGUUGCCAUGCCAGAAAACAACACAAAGGGGAAGGUUUUGAUCACUAGUCGUAUUGAAGAUGUUGGCAGAUAUGCUAGUUCGCCUAAUCCUAUCAUGAAGUUGCGCUUCUUCACGCAAGAAGAAAGUUGGGAGCUGCUCCGGUUAGAGGCGCUUCGCAAGUUAGACUGCCCUACUAAGGAGUUGGAAAAUAUCGGCCAACGCAUCGCAAGAGAUUGUAAAGGGCUUCCUCUAGCAAUAGUUGUCAUUGGAGGCAUCCUCGCGGCAAAAUAUUCAGCCUCUGACUUAAGUGAAACGAGAAAAGCAUGGGAAGAUGUAUCCACGCGCGUAAGCUCAUAUCUCAACGAGAAUGACCCUGCAGAUCGCAUGAAGAAGUUCAUAUUGUUGAGUUAUGACAGGUUGCCUUACCACUUGCGCGCGUGUUUUCUCUAUCUGGGGCUGUUUCCUGAAGACUACGAAAUUUCAGUGUCAAAGUUGAUCUUCAUGUGGAUUGGAGAAGGAUUCAUACAACAGAACAAUGAUCUUAGCUUGGAGGAGUGUGGGGAGACGUAUUUGCAGGAUCUUAUCAACAGAAACUUGGUGACUGUUGAGAAGGUUAAACCUAAUGGUAAGGUUAAAACAUGCCGGAUUCAUGAUGCCUUGCGCGAUUUCUGCAGAACUGAAGCCAGCAAUGCAAAUGAAAACUUUCUCCAGGAAAUCAAGUCCAAAAAUGGAGGCUUUUCACCUCCUGUUUCCGACUUGGAUAAGUAUCGCCGUCUUUCUAUUCAUUUCAAUUGCUUGCAAUUCCUCGCUUCGAAACCUUUUGGUCCUCGUGUUCGCACAUUUGCUUGUUUUUCCAAAGAUGAAUUCAUCUUACCGGCGGAGGACAUUCCACACAUGUUCUCAGCUUUCAAAUUGCUCAGAGUUUUAGAAGUCAAGCCAAUACGGCUCACCAAAAUCAGUAGCCAGAUGUACCAGUUGAUCCAUUCAAGGUACAUUUCCUUGUCUUUGGAUCUGUCAACUCUCCCUUCCAAGUUCGGCUCGCUUUGGAACACGCAGACUCUUAUAAUCGACACAACGCAUCGCACUCUUGAAGUGAAAGCAGAUAUAUGGAAGUUGACACAGUUAAGGCAUUUCAAGACAAAUGCGUCAGCUAUCUUGCCAAAGCUAAGUAAAGAUAGCAAAAAUGGCGCGGAGCUCCAAACACUAGGCACGAUUUCUGUAGGGAGCUGCACACCUGAGCUUUUCGAACGAGCAUGCAAUUUGAAGAAAUUAGGCAUUCGCGGGAAACUAGCCCUGCUUGUGGAAGGAAACACUGGAUCCUUUGAUAGUUUGGGGAAAAUGAAAUAUCUUGAAAAGUUGAAGCUGGUGAACGAUGUACAUCCUAGGCCGAUUUCAGAAGGCCAACUGCGCGGCCUUCCUCAGCACUAUCAGUUCCCAUCUAAGCUCAAGAGCCUUACGUUAGUCGCGACAUCCCUGAGUUGGAGCUGGAUGUCUACCCUCGGCUUGCUGGAGAAUCUCGAGGUGCUCAAGCUGAAAGAGAAGGCGUUUGCGGGCGCUGACUGGAAGGCAACUGAUGGAGGUUUUCGUUGCCUUGAAUUCUUGCGAAUUGAAGAGACGGAUUUAACUAUUUGGGAGGCAUCAUCAUAUCAUUUCCCUAGACUUAGAGGCCUUGUGCUCAAGAACUGUGAGAAGCUUCUUGCAAUCCCGAUCGGGCUUGCUGAGGUAGCAAGCCUGCACAUGCUGGAGUUGUACGUCUGUAAAUCUGCAGCUGCAUCCGCGAAGAAAAUAAACGAGACGAAGAAGAAGGCAGAAGGCUCUGUAUUCAAGUUUUCCAUUUUCCCUCCUACUGAUUGAUCAAUCUCAACAGGGCUUGCAAAAUUGUUUGGCUUUCUUGAAUAAAUGCGACAGUGCAUUUUAAUUUGCUCUGUUAGCAAAAUGUUGCACAUGUUGAAGUAUUUUGUUUUGUUGAGUGAAUACGCUGCACUUGAUUCGUUUCUUUAUCCUAAACUGACAAAAGAACUUAAAUGGUUGUGAUAAUAAUGUUCAGAAUCAUCA